UUGAAUGACUUAUGCUCUGAAUCUUGGUUGUCAAAAGACUAACCACAAAAUUGACUCCCGCAACCCAGGAGCUAAGAAAGGGUACUGCAGUAGAUUGACUUUUGUUUUCAUGAGCACUGGAUGGAUCUCUCUUACCAAGCCAGAUUAAUAAUGGGCUAAGCAAGUGGACUCAGAGGAAUUCCUUUCUGGGCAGAGAAAUGAGCCAAUCUGAUUCUGAGCCAGACUGCAGUUGGGAAAAUAGGAAGCUGCCUUAUACUGAGUCAGAUUCUUGGUCCAUCUAGUGCAGGCCUGCUCAACUUUGGGGCCCCCAGCUGUUUUUGGACCAUGACUCCUAUAAUCCCCAACCACAGUUGCCAAUAGCCAGGGACUAUGGGAGUUGUAGGCCAACAUCUUCAGGAGGGCUGAAGGUGAGCAGCCCUGAUCUAGUGCAAUAUUUAUUUAUUUAUUUAUUUAUUUUAUUUGAUUUAUAUACCGCCCUUCCAAAAUAUUGUCUACACACUGACCUGUGGUGGCUCUCCAAGGUUUCAGGCAGAAGUCUUUCCCAUAUCUACCUGUAGAUGCUGAGGAUUGAACCUGGGACCUUCUGCAUGCACAGCAGACGCUCUACCACUGAGCUAUGGCCCCAACCCUAUCACAGAAAAAGGCCAAUGUUCCUAAACUCCGUGUCCACAUGUAAAAACGUGCUUUGAGACAAUAACCACGGCCCCUUCUCUUUUCUCCAGACAAGCCUGUUUCCCCCCCACCCCCACCCCUUCCCUGGCCUUAUUCGUGAUACUAGAUACUAGAGGUGUUCUGUUUGGGGCACAAAGGUUUCCUUCUCCUACUGAUGUCUGUGAUGUAUCUGGGAGAGAAAAUAGGAAGAAUACAAAGGCCAAUACCAUUUUUCCCCCUAUUCCUGAACUGAUCAGGAGCUGCAUGAAGUUUCUGAGACCUUAGUUACUCAUAGGAAUGCUACUUUUCCCUGUCUAGCAGGGUUGUACAACUUUGGCCCUCCUGCAGACUACAACUCCCAUCAACCAUGACUAUUGGUCACUGUGCCUGGGGAUGAUGGGAGUUAUAGUUCAAAAACAGUUAGAGGGCCGACAUUGUGCAGCCCUGCUCUAUAGCAAGUUGUUUGGCUCACUUCUUUCCAGGGCUGUCAUCUAGUUAGAGCCAUUAGUCUCUUAGGAGCAGCUAAGCCAGUUACAGCCAUGUUUGCCUGCCCAGGACUUCCUGAUGUUGUAGCAGCAGAUCAGCCUCAAGAAAGGCGAAGAGGGCUGAGGAAGCAGAGGAGAGUGCAGGACCAUCGGGAAGUUUUAAAGAUAGGGCUGAGAGAGAUUCCUGCCUGCAUCCUUGGAGAAGCUGCUGCCAGUCUGUGAAGACAAUACUGAGCUAGAUAGAACAAUGGUCUGACCCAGUAUAUGGCAGCUUCCUAUGUUCCUAUGUAAAGAUGCUCAGACAUGUGCUUGAUUUGUCAUGGUGAGGUGCCAUGCCCAUGGUCACCUGUGACCUGUUUUUAGGCUGGUGCUAGUUUUCCUUAACUAGAAAUAUUCUUUACUAGGAGAUGCAGUCUGUCAUUGACUGGACAAAGUAAUUUUGCAUAGAUUACACUUACAGAAAAGUUUAAUAAAUGAAAUAUAGGUCAUAUAAUUUUUUUUUAGUAAUGUGCUUGCAAAGGGAAAGUAAAAGAACAGUUUGAAAUGCAUAGGAUUUCAUCUUCAAUUAUUCAUUUUAUUGAAUAAUUACAUAUAUGGUCAAUUUGAAUUAUAGUAAAUUGGAGACUGAGGAAGAUCUUCUGCCUCUCUUGGGCAUGUUGUUUUGGCAUUACUGAUCUGAUUGCUGAUUGCUAAAUAUCUGUUGAAAGCAAUAACUGUUAAAAUAUGAUAAUUAUCUCCAGCAUUUCUGUCAAAAUUUAUUUGAACAUUUAACUGAGCGUAUUCUGGUGGGCAAAGCAAUGCAUUCAGCUAAUUUAAUUGGUAGGAUUGUUUAUACAAAAUUUGGUAUCUAUAGGCAAGCGGGAAGUAUGACUUUAUUUCAUAUAAGCCAACCAACCCACCCAUAUACACAUUCUUCAAAAUAUAUAGAUGAUUCUAUGGCUGUAGAUGGCAACCACUCCUUGCCAAAGACAACAACGUGAACAAGUUGUGUUGUUUGUUUUACUGCCAAAGCACACUUGCCAUCCAACCUCUUGGACUUCAUGUGAGCAAAUGGCAAAUGCUGAAGUGAGCAUCCCUGUCGGGGAUGUGGUUGUCGUACCAACUGAAGGGAAUGAAGGGGGAAACCCAGAAGACACCAAAACCCAGGUGAUACUACAACUACAGCCGGUACAGCAAGGGGUUUAUCAAGAGGGCUCAGAGACCAGUACAGCAGUAGUGGCUGUGGAAACACACACCAUUCACAAGCUUGAAGACGGCAUUGACCCUAGCACCAUUGAAACCCAUGAGGAGAUUGAGAUUGCCUACCCCAUCACCUGUGGAGAGAGCAAAGCCAUCCUUCUCUGGAAGAAAUUUGUUUGUCCGGGAAUCAAUGUCAAAUGUGUCAAGUUCAAUGACCAGCUUAUCAGCCCAAAGCACUUUGUUCAUCUGGCUGGAAAAUCUACCCUGAAGGAUUGGAAGCGAGCCAUUCGCCUGGGAGGAAUCAUGCUGAGGAAGAUGAUGGACUCUGGGCAAAUUGACUUCUACCAGCAUGACAAAGUUUGCACAAACACCUGCCGCAGCACCAAGUUUGAUCUCCUGAUCAGCAGUGCCCGGGCACCAGUGCCAGGGCAACAAAGUCUGGUACAGACUCCCACCUCUGCUGACGGGAGCAUUGCCCAGAUUGCAGUGUCUGAGGAAAGUGUGGAGGAAGGGAUUGAGUGGAACUCAGCUCUGACAGCAGCGGUCACCAUGGCAACUGAGGAGGGAAUCAAGAAGGACCCGGAGGAGAUUUCAGAGGACACACUGAUGUUCUGGAAAGGAAUUGCCGAUGUGGGGCUUAUGGAAGAAGUUGUCUGCAACAUUCAGCAGGAGAUAGAAGAGGUGCUGAAAGGUGUUCAGCAGAGGCUUGGCCAGUCACCUUUCCAGAUUACUGAUGCUGCUGUCUUAAAUAACGUUGCUCAUACCUUUGGCCUGAUGGACACAAUUAAAAAAGUGCUGGACAACAGGAAGAGCCAAACGGACCAGGCAGAGGAGCAGUUUCUUUAUACUCUUGCGGACCUGGACCGCCAACUGGAGGAGCAGAAGAGACUAGCCAGGGAUCAGAAGACAAAAUCUCAGACUGUGCAGAACGUUGUCCUGAUGCCCAUUGGCCCUCCAAAGCCUCCUAAAAGGCCCCGGCUGCAGCGUCCAGCUUCAGCCACAGUCCUGAGCCCCUCGGCUCCCAUCCAGCAGCCUCAGUUCACAGUCAUUUCACCCAUCACCCUCGCACCCAUGGGGCAACAGUUCUCCGUGAGCAAUAUCCCCAUGGCAACCAUCAGCCAGGGCUCUAACCCUGUGACUGUCCACACCUUGCCAUCCGGCUCGCAGCUCUUCCGCUACGCCACCGUGGUCUCCUCCUCCAAGACCGGCUCCUCCGACACGGUGACCCUCCACCCGUCCUCGAGCCUGGCCCUGCUGAGUUCGGCCGCCAUGCAGGACAGUGGCGCCCUCGCUAACGUGGCCACCAUGGUGAAUCCCGUGGAACUGGUGGCCAUGGAGUCUGGCCUGAGCUCUACCAUCCAGGCUGUUGAGGGCACCUCAGAGGAUGGACAGACCAUAAUAGAAAUAGAUCCAGCACCAGACCCGGAGGCCGAGACAGAGGAAUCGGGGGCCAAAGCUGUGAUUCUGGGGGCGGAACUGAGGACUGAGGAGAAGGUGGUGGCUGAGGUUGAUGAGCACCAGCACCAGGUUCACAAUGUAGAGAUUGUGGUCUUGGAGGACUAGUCAGGAAGCCAGACUCUAGCAUUGCUUGAUUGUUCAUCUCUGUCUUGUCUUUGUUUUUCCCUUCCCUGUGUGCGUUUUUUUUAACACAGAUUUCCAGAUAUGUUCCCAUGGAUAUAUAUAUAUAUUUUAAUACUUAUUUUCACAUGGGAGAGAACAGGCUUCGUCUGUACAAAAUAAACCUUUACUGAAGGGAAGGGGAAGAAAAUCCCCCUGCCUAAUCCUAGCCAGCCCAGCAGAAGGGAAACAAGCCCCUGGUGUUACUGAGAACACACCGUGAAUGAUCCAGUCUUUAGAUCCACAUUCUGAAGGCAUUUUGCCCACACCUCAUUUGUGCUUGGACUGUUCUUUCUUGGAAAUGAAUGGAGCCAGUUACUGGAAAUUGAUCUAACUGCUGGAUAACAUAUUUCUUUCUUGUUCCCCCGUUCCCAACCAUGACAGGAAAGGAAAUUCUGUCUAACUUAUCUAUGCUGCUGAUUAUUCUACUUUUGGUGGACAAAAAAAGCAGACCGUCCUGAUUGUGGAGAUUACAGUCCCAUCAUUGUGGGUUUUGUUUUACUUUAAUUUUAAUCUGUUUGAUCUUUUACUUUUUCUUCAGAUCUUUCAGUAGCCCAUGACCUCAGACUUUUUUGCCCAUUUUGUGGCUUCUAGAAUCUCAGUUCUUCCCUUCCAAGCUCUCCCUGGUGUUUUUCUUUUCCAUAGACACUGUUACGAGACUUUUAAGAAUUGCUUAAGCCUUGCACAUUUUUUUAAAAUAAGAAAAGAAAAAUCCACGCAUACAGUCCAAACGUCAUCUGCCCUUUCAGUAUAGUACUGACAUCCUGGAUGUAUCAAGCGUGGGUUGUGCUGUUGCAUGCUGGGAAAGCUGGACUUCGCGGGCUUGGUGCACCCGCUGUUUACGCCACACACUGGGAACCAUACCAAGCUUACUAGAUCUAUAUAUCUCUAUAUAGAUAUAAAUGUUUGGUGUUUUAUAACUUUUGGAAAAAUUGGUCUACAGGAUUCUAGCUGGCAAGAAGCUAGCAUGGUAACUGCUUGGUUUCCCUUCCACUUGGGUUGGUGGGUUUCCCCCCCUCUCCUAAACAGAAGGUGAGGGAAUGAAGAAGGGAUUUUUUUUUUCAUUCAUUUUUUUAAAAAAACUUGGAGAGCAAGAAGCCUUAGAAUAAAAUCCACUUGGUUGAAAUAUUUAAAGUCCGCAGGAAGAAGAUGAUACUUUGGGGCAUGGGGAGAGUACCAUUUGGUGGUUAUUAUUAUUUUUUGCAUUAAAAGGUUACAAAGAAAAUUCAACAGAA